CCACAACAACAAGUUCAAAUGCGAGGUCUGGGGACGCUCAGCGCGCUGGCAGCGCCGGCCGCGGCGCUGCUCGCCGGCGGGCCCUUCACCACGUCCGGGCGGUGGAUCCUGGCUGCCGACAACAAGACCAACGUCAACCUGGCGGGAAUCAACUGGCCCGGGGCCGGCGAGGCUAUGAUCCCCGAGGGCCUGCAGUACCAGUCGGCCGGGGCCAUCGCGGCCCGCAUUCAAAGGCUCGGCAUGAACGUGGUCCGUCUGACUUAUGCCACCGAGAUGGUCGACCAGAUCUUUGCCAACGGCGGCGCCGACGUCCCCGUGCAAACGUCGCUGAUCGCCGCCCUGGGCCAGCAGAACGGCACGGCCGUCUGGGAAAUGGUCAAGAGGAAUAACCCUCAAUUUGAUGACAGUAUUACGAGAUUACAAGCGUUUGAUACAGUGGCUGCAGAAUUGGCAAAACAGGACAUCUACGUGCUAGUAGACAACCACGUAUCCAAGGCUCAAUGGUGCUGUUCUCCCCUGGACGGCAAUUCUUGGUGGGGAGACACGUACUUUUCGACGGCCAACUGGACGCGUGGGCUCACGUACAUGACUGAGCAUACCAGGGACUGGCCCAAUCUGAUUGGAGUGUCACUGCGGAACGAGCUCCGCCAGCCCCUGACCAACAUCACGCUGUAUCAGCAGGCGUACAACUGGGAGACAUGGUACGCGCGGACGCGCGAGGGCGCCGCGGCAAUCCACAAGGCGAACCCAGACGCGCUCGUGUUCCUCUCGGGGCUCGACUCGGACACGACGCUGCAGCCGGUGGUGGAGGGCAGCAACCUGACGCCCGGCAGGGCCACGUUCAGGCCUGGCGACUACUUUGACGGCGCCGAGAGCAAGCUCGUCCUGGAGCUGCACAGCUACGCCAACAUCAUCAACGAGCGCCUCGCCGGGAACUGCACGGGGCUCAGGGAGUCCCUGCUGCAGGGCGGCUGGAGCGCGAUGAGCACGGCCGCGCCCGGCCGCGCCAACGUCAAGAGCCGGCUGCCAACCCUCAUGACCGAGUUUGGCUGGGGCCAGAACGACCAGGAGUGGAACAGCACCUACGCCAAGUGCAUCCAGGACUUUCUGAGGGAUGACGUCCGCGCCGGCUGGAUGAUCUGGGCCAUCUCGGGGAGCUACUACAUCCGCGAGGGCAAGCAGGACCAUGACGAGCCUUGGGGUAUUCUGAAUCAUGACUGGUCGGAUUGGAGGUCGCCGAAGUACGCCAUGGGCGAGUUGAAGCGUUUGGUCAAUUCCACCUUGUCUACGAACAUGACAGAGGGCUCUGGGUCCAAUCCUGGUGGUGGCGAUGACGGCGCGGGCAAGACGUCGCCAGACAAAAAGAACGCUUCGGCAAGCAUUAGAAACUCGGCAUAUAAUUGUGUUUGGGGCUUGGCUGUUUUGGCCAUCUUCAAUAUGCUGUAA